GGCCGGGCCUGCGAGGCCACCCCCUUCCCCGGCCGCGGGGCGAGGGUCGGGCGGGCCCCGCCGUACCAUGGCAGCUCCCUGCUACUUGGGCUGGGAUUUCAGCACGCAGCAGGAUCUGCUGCAAGCAGAAAGCCAAUUAAGCUGCAGUGGGUCAGAGCCAUUUUUAAGCUAGAAUCAGCUGAAAGUCAUUGCUAUUGAUGAACAGCUGAGAGUCAUUUAUGAGGAUAAUGUUCAUUUUGAUAAAGACCUUCCAGAAUUUAAGACUCAAGGUGGAGUCUAUAUUCACAGUGACAGACUGACGAUCACUUCUCCUGUGCUAAUGUGGGUCAAGGCUCUGGAUAUGAUUUUGGAAAAGAUGAAGUCUUCAGGCUUUAACUUCUCACAAGUCAGAGCUUUGUCUGGUGCUGGCCAGCAACAUGGGAGUGUGUACUGGAAAAAAGGAAGUGUCCAAAUUUUAAAGGAUGCAUCAUCUGAACUGCCUUUACAUCAGUCACUAAAGGAUUGUUUUUCCGUCAGUAACAGCCCUGUCUGGAUGGAUUCUAGCACAAGUUCCCAGUGCAGUGCUCUGGAGAAAGCCGUGGGAGGAGCACAGCACCUAGCGAGUAUCACUGGUUCUCGAGCCUAUGAGCGUUUUACAGGAAACCAGAUAGCAAAGAUUUACAGCCAGAAUCCUGAGGUCUACAUGCAAACUGAGAGAAUCUCUUUGGUUAGUAGUUUUGCAGCUUCCCUUUUCCUAGGAGCUUAUGCACCCAUUGAUUACAGUGACGGUUCUGGUAUGAACUUGCUGCAGAUUUGGGAAAAAGUAUGGUCAGUGUCCUGCCUUGAUGCUUGUGCACCUGGAUUAGAGGAGAAACUAGGGUGCCCUGUACCUUCCCAUUCAGUCCUGGGUCCCAUUUCUCCAUAUUAUAGUCAGCGUUAUGGGUUUAGCCCAGCCUGUAAAAUAGUAGCAUUUACGGGAGACAAUCCAGCAUCAUUGGCAGGGAUGAGACUUCAAGAAGGAGAUAUUGCAAUUAGCCUUGGCACAAGUGACACAUUGUUUCUGUGGAUCCAAGAACCAACUCCUGCCUUAGAAGGUCAUAUCCUCUGCAAUCCUGUUGAUUCUCAAACAUAUAUGGCACUUUUAUGUUUUAAAAACGGUUCUCUGAUGAGAGAGAGGAUCAGAGAUGACUGUGCUUCAGGCUCCUGGGAUGAAUUCUCCAAAGCAUUAUCAUCUACUGUUGCUGGAAACAAUGGAAACUUGGGUUUCUACUUUGAUGUGAUGGAAAUUACUCCUGAAGCAGUUGGGAUUCACAGAUUCAACAGAGACAACCAAAAGGUUUCAGACUUUCCAAAGGAGGUAGAAAUACGAGCAUUGAUAGAGGGGCAGUUCAUGGCCAAGAGGAUUCAUGCUGAAAAGCUGGGUUAUAAAGUCAUGCCCAGAACAAGGAUUUUGGCUACUGGUGGUGCAUCUCACAAUAAAAAGAUCUUACAGGUCCUGUCUGAUGUGUUCAACGCACCGGUGUACACUAUUGAUACUGCCAACUCUGCUUGUUUAGGAAGUGCUUACAGAGCAAUUCACGGGCUUGUAGCUGAGAUGAAUGUGUCCUUGGCUGAUGUCGUGAAAUUAGCACCGGAGCCUAGAUUGGCUGUUACACCAGCCGCUGGGGCUGAGGAGCUCUAUCGUCCACUUCUGAAAAGAUAUGCUGAGCUUGAACAGAAGGUUGUCUACAACCCAACCUCAUCUUGUCUUGCAAAAUAGAAGCAAACAAAAUUUAUAAGUUGAAUGAAGAGUGGACUCCCAAGGAGAAGAUCAGAAAAGAUUUGCUCAGAAUUUACUGGAGUUGUUUAAAUCAUUUUGUUCCUCUUAGUAGACAAAUAAUUUUUAAAUGUCUGUGUUUGAGUGUGUUGGUGGAAAAAAUUACAUUGUGAUUGAAAACCUGAUUAAAAAAGCAUCAUAUUGCUCA